AUGGUCUCGUGCCAGAGCGCAGCGCCCGCUGCCCGUCGCCGGGGACUCCCCGCCCUUCCGCGCGACCCCGCGCAGGAGCGGGCGGUGCUGACGGCGGGCAGGGGGCGGGCAGGGGAGCGGGGGCUCGUUCGGGGCGGCUCCAUCCUCCGCCGGCGCCGCGUCCUCCCGGCCACCCGCGCCGGCGGCCUCGGCGCAGCGGGGAGGGGGCCCGGCGCGGCGGCCGCCCCUCGGCUCAGCCCGGGCGGCGCGCCUGCCCCGCUGCCCGCGGCGCUCACCAGCAGCAUGCUCUAUUUCCAGAUGGUGAUCAUGGCAGGGACGGUGAUGCUGGCAUACUACUUCGAGUACACGGACACGUUCACCGUGAACGUGCAGGGCUUCUUCUGCCACGACAGCGCCUACCGCAAGCCCUACCCGGGCCCGGAGGACCGCAGCGCCGUGCCCCCCGUGCUGCUCUACUCGCUGGCCGCCGGCGUCCCUGUGCUCGUGAUAAUUGUUGGAGAAACUGCUGUGUUUUGCCUACAGUUAGCCACAAGGGAUUUUGAAAACCAGGAAAAAACUAUUUUAACUGGAGAUUGUUGCUAUAUAAAUCCACUGGUACGCCGAACUGUCCGAUUUCUUGGAAUUUAUACGUUUGGAUUGUUUGCCACAGAUAUAUUUGUCAAUGCUGGACAAGUGGUUACGGGGAAUCUGGCUCCACAUUUUCUUGCCCUGUGUAAGCCCAACUACACAGCUCUUGGAUGUCAGCAGUAUACACAAUUCAUCAGCGGGGAAGAGGCCUGCACGGGCAACCCAGAUCUCAUCAUGAGAGCAAGGAAAACAUUUCCAUCCAAAGAAGCAGCUCUCAGUGUCUAUGCAGCCAUGUAUCUGACAAUGUACAUCACCAACACAAUCAAAGCCAAAGGAACCAGACUUGCUAAGCCAGUCCUAUGCUUGGGAUUGAUGUGUUUGGCCUUUCUGACUGGACUCAACAGAGUAGCAGAAUAUAGAAAUCACUGGUCAGAUGUGAUAGCAGGCUUUCUGGUUGGAAUAUCUAUAGCAGUAUUCCUGGUUGUGUGUGUGGUAAAUAAUUUCAAAGGAAGACAGCCAGAAAGUGAGCAUAUCCACAUGGACAAUCUGGGACAGAUGCCAAUGAUCAGCAUUCCUCGGGUAGAAAGUCCUUUGGAAAAGAACCACAUCACUGCCUUCGCGGAAGUCACAUGAUAUCGAAGCAGAUGGUCUUUCACUGCAUUGGACAUCGUCUCUUUUUACCAUCCAUUCAUAACACCCAAAGUUUAUACAGUUGUCUAAUGAUUUCUAUAAUUUUAGUAUCAGUGUCAGCCUGUCUGUUGCCCCCACUAGACUGUGAGCUCCUCGAGGGCAGGACUCUGUCUUUCUUUACUGCACCCCCAACACCUACAGCAAAGUCUAACAGAAAGUAGGUGCCCAAUAAAAAUGUGAUGACUGAAUGAACAAAUUCCUAAAGGACACAUUCACUUUAGUUCUUCACAGAAUCACUUGCAGUUGAGUGAAAAGAUAUCUCCACAGAAACCAUAUUUGCUAACAGAAAAUAAAUAAAUAAAUCCUCUACUUGGCGCUAAACUUUUCAAUUUCCCACAUAUCUCUUCACCAGUACCCUAUUUAAUCUGAAGUGGACUUUGAAAGCCAUGGGGGUCUUUUAUAUUGUUAUUCAGCAUGACAUUAUUUCCUUUCUAACAAAUUUCAGUGUGUGAAUAUUCUUUACUUUUAGAAAGUAUGUUCUAUACUAAAAUAAUGUUUGCACAUUCUAUUAUGCUAUAUUUCAC